AACGAGUAGAAGAGACGCUUUUUGAUACUUUUUUUUUUUUGCUAAGCACAGUUUAGGUGUAAAACGGGGAUUUAUACAACUGAAGAUUUGAAUGACCCUCUUGGAUUUUUUUUUUUUUGACAUGUCAGUGAUAAACACCCUUGUCCCAGCUCGGUUCCUAGUCCUCACUGCUCACCUUGUGAUGGUCAUCACCAUCUUUUGGUCCCGGGGAAACAAUGUUGAGUCAUGCUUACCUCUGGACUUCACAGUAGAGCAGUACACGACUGAGGACAACCGGUUGAUUAUUGCUCUCUCCGUAACUCUUUGUCUAUUUGCCAUCGAAUUGUUUGGAUUCUUCUCUGGUGUCUCGAUGUUCAACAGUGACCAAGUAAUUCUGUCUAUUGCCUGUCACUGCAGUGCAUCUGUGUCUCUGUCUUUCUUUGUCUUCCAGCAGUGGGAGUGCUGGGUUUACUGGAUAAUCUUCGCAUUCUGCAGCGUCAUUCCUGCCCUGUGUGAGCUGGUACUGAUCUUUGCAGUGUUCGGACUAAAAAAGAAGCCCAUGUGAAUGUUUAAAUCCAUGUCCUGUGCCUUAGUAUGAUGUCCACAUUGGCAAAACAUUAUGUGUAGGUUAUACUGUAAAGAGCCUAGCAACAUCAGUAUUGCUGGAUCCCGCAGGUCGGAUUUUGACAUUGCAAUUGUAUUAAAUGUAAUGACAUUUGAACAUAAAAAGCCACAGCGCUGGUGGGGGCUUCCAUUUUAUGACAUAGUAAAUGAAGUUACAUGAAAAAAAUGUAUGGAUGCCCACACAGUUUUAAUACUGUUCUAGUGUUCUUCAGGCUGUAUUGCAUUAAAUGUGCUUUGCUGAGCAUUUACCCCACUGUAAAUUGUGUGUAUUGCUGCAAUCAUCUAACUUCUGAAAUCAGAAGUCAGGGCUCAGAAUUAAUUUUUAUUUUAUUUUUAUAAAAGAAAACAUAUACAAAUAUGUACUUAAGUCACACAGUGGGGGAAAACUUUAUCAAUCCAUGUUCACCUUCAGCCAGCUAACUGUCCAGAGUAUUGUGUUUUUCCUCCUUAUAAAUCAGUGCUGCAUAUUAGUGUGAAUCACUGUAAUGUAGUGAAUGUCUUUAUACUGCUUGUCUGUUCAUUUCCCCCCAAAAUUCAAGUAUUUUGCACCAUUGUAUACAAUGAAGCUUUCUAACUAUUUACAGUAGAGUGUUUUUAAAUUCUCAAUAAAGCGUACUC